AUGGACCGAUCUACCAUAAAAGAUGCAAUCAUUCGCAGAUACCGGCAACCGCAGAUGACUCCGGGUGACUCUGAAAGCAGUAUAUUAUGUCCACAGCGCUCCCUUAUCACUGAUAGCCUAGAGGAGUCGCUCAGAACCGCACAGCAAUUGAAAUUUGGCGCUUAUUGUGAAGUGCUGAAACAAAGCUACCGACCUCCUAGAUGCGGUCAUCACCGCCUUGCACAAGGAAGCACAGUCAUCGAGGUGUCACUUUGUACCUUGCAGUUGAUAAAGUUUUUGCGAUGGGCUUUUCGAACCGCUCUUGCGAAGCUCUUUAAAAAAGUAUGGAACAACAAGCAUCUGAAGAAAACCGCACUUGACCACUACGUCUACUCUGGCGCACGGGUCUUAGACAAUCUACCGUCGUCACCUGCAGCUCCUUAA